AUGGCUAAUAAGUCGAGACCAAAAAAAGUUAAGGCUCCUUAUAGAAAGUAUGUCGGUGGACAAGGGUUUGUGAGAACGUUGGGUUUUAACAAUACACUAGUACCUAUUGGCGAUGGACUAUAUGUUGAGGAACAAGUUAUUGAUGAAAAUGAAUAUAUUGACGAUUAUAAUUCUGAGAUAUCGAAGAAAGGUAAAAAUAGAAGGAAAAACUCGUUGAAGUCCAACAGGAGGAAUUCUAGUGGUAAUGAUAAAAGACAUAUUUCAGACGCAGAUUUAUUAUCUAAUAUGCAAUUAUUAGAUAUCGGUGGUUCUCCAAUGAAAGUACCAUAUGAAAUACAAAAAUUAAUUAUUUAUUAUUGUGAUGAUACACCUUUGAAUUUUUUAUUAGUCUGUAAAGCCUGGUAUUGGAUGUGUCUGCCAUCCUUUUAUAAAUCUCCUACAUUAAGCAGUAGAAAUUUCAACAUGUUUGUUAGUACAAUAAUCGAUAAUAAAAAGAGGAAGUUUGGCGAAUAUGUCUAUGAGUUAGAUUUAUCAACGAUCUUACAAAGUGGUAAGAACUCACAUGUCUCAAAAUUACUACGGCGUUGUUCACCCAGGUUAGAGAAAUUUACCGCUCCCCAAACUAGUUUCGGUUAUACACCAUUAGUAUCAUUAAAAUCAUGUCAUAAUUUGAAAUAUUUAGAUUUGGGAUUAGUUUCAGAAACUGUUAAAUUGAAAGAAUUAUUCUCUGCAAUAAGUAAUUUCAGAGAAUUGACACAUUUAGCAUUUCCAAGAAGCUCGAUCGAUUGUGAAGGCUUCCGUGAAUUUGUCUGGCCACCGAAUCUGCAAUAUGUUAAAUUAAGUGGCGGGAUCACUAAUGAAUUUGUAAGAGAAACUAUAUGGCCAAGAACCAUCACUACUUUAGAAUUUUCAUACUGUCCAAAAGUUGAUGAGCAUGCUGUAUAUACAGUAUUGUCUCAGAUUGGUGAUAAUUUAAAGCAUUUAUUUUUCCACUAUCCUAUGCCAUCUUUGCAUGAUAAUUCAUUGGAUUAUAUAUUCAGAUACUGUUCGAAUCUUAUUUCGGUGCAAUUAAUGGUUGAUUACUGUUCUAAAUGGACAUUUUCAGAGCAUAUGUUAACAAAAUUGAUAUAUCCUAGACCCUUAAAGACCAUCUAUCUUGAAAGCAGCGGGGCGUUAGGUUUAGCAUCUAAAAUUCAUCCAGAUGAUUUUACAAUAGCUAUUAUGGAAUCCAGACUGCCAUGCUUAAAAAAUAUAUCUAUAUCUUCAAAGCUUGGUUGGGAUAUGCAAAGUAGCGAUGUAGAAGAUUUGGUUUGUGCAUUUGAAGAUCAAGGCGGUGGACUGUAUCUAAAUUAUUGA